GUGCUCAUCACUAAAAAAGAAAACAUUAAAAUGAACAGAUUGUUUACAUCAACAAGUUUUAGCUGUAACAAAUUAUUACACCGCACACUGCUUACAAGCUAUUUUAAGACACAAGGAAUAUCACAAAGUGCGAGGAAAAAUGCUGAGAGCAAUGAUAAGAGCGAAGCAGCCCGUCCCUUAAUAUUGGUGGAGAAAGACUCUCACAUAACACUGAUUGGCAUCAACAGAGAACAGCAGCGAAAUUCAAUUGAUGGCGCUACCGCUGAAAAGUUAAGCGAAGCCAUUAGUCAGUUCGAGGAGGAUGACACUUCACCGGUUGGCGUGCUGUAUGGUGUUGGCGGCUCAUUUUCAGCUGGUUAUGAUCUGAAAGAACUGGAGGCGGAAGCGCAACGCGGCAGCUUGAAUUUUCUGUUACGUCGCGAGGGUUCCGUUGGUCCGACAAGAAGACACUUACGUAAGCCCAUAAUAUGUGGCAUUAGCGGAUUUUGUGUGGCUAGUGGUUUGGAACUGGCACUGCUCUGUGAUCUGCGUGUGAUGGAAGACACUGCUGUAGUAGGAUUUUUUAAUCGAAGAUUUGGAGUGCCGCUUAGUGAUGCUGGUAGCGUGCGUCUGGCUGGAGCGGUUGGUUAUUCCAACGCUGUGGACAUAAUAGAGACCGGGCGACGCGUGUAUGCCCAGGAGGCUUUACGCAUUGGUCUCGUAAAUCGAGUUGUAGCCACAGGCACAGCUUUGGGUCAGGCUGUCAAUUUGGCAUUUAGCAUAGCAAAAUUUCCCAUGGCUUCACUGCAGCAUGACCGCAAUGCUGUGUUAGAUAACGCUAACGCCUAUAACAGGCCCGGUUUCUAUGCGGCUGUUAACAACGAGAUAAUGAACGUGACCGCGCCUAUGAUAUCAGAUAUGCAAGAGGGCGUCAAACGUUUUAAAACCUCUGAAAUGAAAGGAGCCAAAACUGACUCAUGGCACGUCAAGGAAAAGUCCAUUCCAGAUUGGGAGAAAGCUGAAAUUGAUAUUGAGCAGCUGAACAAAAAGACAUGAAUCUUUUAUAUAGUUUCCGGAUGAAGUGCAAUUAACAAUCCAAUAUGUAUAUUUAGGGAAAAUGUUUGUUUAAAGUUUAGUAUUUAAGGCCUAUAAUGUGUAAAGUA